CGCCCGCAGGGAAGCCCCGGCCCCGCGGCCCCGCGGCGCCCGACCCUGCCCCCUCGGCUGCCCCGGUGGAAGUCGCGGGGAGACCCGAAGUCGAUCCAGCCAUGGCGACUCCCUCUGCUGCCUUUGAGGCCCUUAUGAAUGGAGUGACGAGCUGGGAUGUCCCCGAAGAUGCCAUCCCAUGCGAACUGCUUCUCAUUGGAGAGGCCUCCUUCCCGGUCAUGGUAAAUGACAUGGGCCAGGUCCUCAUUGCCGCCUCCUCCUAUGGCCGAGGCCGCCUGGUGGUGGUGCCUCACGAGGACUACUUGGUGGAAGCCCAGCUCACACCCUUUCUCCUCAAUGCAGUGGGCUGGCUGUGUUCUUCCCCUGGGGCUCCCAUUGGCAUACACCCAUCCCUCGCACCCCUGGCCAAAAUCCUUGAGGGCUCUGGGGUGGAGGCGAAGAUUGAGCCGGAAGUGAAAGACUCCCUAGGGGUUUACUGCAUUGAUGCCUACAAUGAAACCAUGACGGAAAAGCUGGUCAAGUUCAUGAAAUGCGGAGGGGGCUUGCUCAUUGGAGGCCAGGCCUGGGACUGGGCCAACCAGGGUGAUGACGAAAGGGUGCUUUUCACGUUCCCUGGCAACCUCGUGACCAGCGUGGCCGGCGUGUAUUUCACUGACAACAAAGGGGACACAAGUUUCUUUAAAGUCUCCAAGAAGAUGCCCAAGAUCCCAGUCUUAGUUAGCUGCGAGGAUGACCUCUCCGAGGACAGAGACGAGCUCCUGCACGGGAUUUCAGAGCUGGACAUCAGCAACUCCGAUUGCUUCCCGUCCCAGCUGCUGGUGCACGGGGCUUUAGCCUUUCCCCUGGGGUUAGACUCCUACCAUGGCUGUGUCAUAGCUGCUGCCCGCUACGGCCGCGGCCGGGUGGUCGUGACCGGCCACAAGGUGUUAUUCUCUGUCGGCAAACUGGGCCCCUUUCUGCUCAAUGCCGUGCGCUGGCUGGACGGGGGCCGCAGAGGCAAGAUCGUGGUGCAGACAGAACUGAGGACACUGAGCAGCCUGCUGGCCGUGGGGGGCAUAGACGCCAGCAUCGAGCCCCAUCUGACCAGCGACGCGAGUGUCUAUUGCUUUGAACCCGUGAGCGAUGUGGGGGUCAAAGAGCUGCAGGAGUUCGUAGCAGAGGGUGGGGGACUGUUUGUCGGAGCCCAAGCCUGGUGGUGGGCCUUCAAGAACCCUGGCGUGUCCCCUUUGGCUCGGUUCCCAGGAAACCUCCUCCUCAACCCCUUUGGCAUCAGCAUCACAAGCCAAAGCCUCAACCCGGGGCCCUUCCGUACCCCUAAAGCAGGGAUCAGGACCUAUCACUUCCGCUCCACUCUGGCCGAGUUCCAGGUCAUAAUGGGCCGGAAGAGAGGGAAUGUGGAAAAGGGCUGGUUGGCAAAGCUGGGGCCGGACGGGGCGGCCUUCCUCCAGAUCCCCGCAGAGGAGAUCCCUGCCUAUAUGUCUGUGCAUCGGCUCCUGCGGAAACUGCUGAGUCGCUAUCGGCUCCCAGUGGCAACCCGAGAGAACCCCGUUAUCAAUGAUUGCUGCAGGGGUGCUAUGCUCUCCCUGGCCACUGGUCUGGCCCACUCUGGAAGCGACCUCUCGCUGUUAGUGCCAGAAAUCGAAGACAUGUACAGCAGCCCCUAUCUGCGCCCCUCGGAAUCGCCUAUCACCGUUGACGUCAACUGCAACAAUCCAGGCACCAGAUACUGCUGGGUGAGCACCGGGCUCUACAUUCCUGGAAGGCAGAUCAUAGAGGUGUCGCUGCCUGAAGAGGCUGCCUCUGCUGAUCUGAAGAUACAGAUCGGCUGCCACACGGAUGACCUGACCAGAGCCAGCAAGCUGUUCCGAGGCCCGCUUGUGAUCAACCGCUGCUGCUUGGACAAGCCCACGAAGUCCAUCACCUGCCUCUGGGGCGGCCUCCUCUACAUCAUCGUGCCUCAGAGCAGCAAACUGGGCUCCGUGCCCAUCACUGUGAAGGGGGCUGUGCAUGCGCCGUACUACAAGCUGGGGGAGACCUCGCAGGAGGAGUGGAAGAGGCGUGUCCAGGAGAACCCAGGUCCCUGGGGAGAGCUGGCCACGGACAACAUCAUCCUGACCGUGCCCACCGCCAAUCUCCGUACCCUGGAGAACCCCGAGCCGCUGCUUCGCCUGUGGGACGAGGUGAUGCAGGCUGUGGCGCGCCUGGGGGCCGAGCCCUUCCCUCUGCGCCUGCCCCAGAGGAUUGUCGCCGACGUGCAGAUCUCAGUUGGCUGGAUGCACGCAGGGUACCCCAUCAUGUGCCACCUGGAGUCAGUGCAGGAGCUCAUCAACGAGAAGCUCAUCAGAACCAAGGGGCUGUGGGGCCCCGUCCACGAGCUGGGCCGGAACCAGCAGCGGCAGGAGUGGGAGUUCCCCCCGCACACCACGGAGGCCACCUGCAACCUGUGGUGUGUUUAUGUGCACGAGACGGUCCUGGGCAUCCCUCGAGGCCGCGCCAAUAUCGCUCUGUGGCCUCCCGUCCGGGAGAAGAGGGUCCGAAUCUACCUGGGCAAGGGUCCCAAUGUGAAAAACUGGAACGCGUGGACCGCCCUGGAAACAUACCUGCAGCUACAGGAGGCCUUUGGGUGGGAGCCAUUCAUCCGUCUCUUCACUGAGUAUAGGAACCAGACCAACCUGCCCACAGACAAUGUUGACAAGAUGAAACUGUGGGUGAAGAUGUUCUCCCACCAAGUGCAGAAGAAUCUGGCUCCGUUCUUUGAGGCCUGGGCCUGGCCCAUCCAGAAGGAAGUGGCUACCAGCCUGGCCUACCUGCCUGAAUGGAAGGAAAAUAUUAUGAAAUUAUACCUCCUCACACAGAUGUAAGGAGUGCCCAGCGAGGUGGCAGGCCCCACUGAAAUUGAAGUCAAGAAAUGCGAAAGAGAAUUGACACAUCUCAACAAAGAAAAUGGAACAGAUUUGAUUAUAAUGGAAGAAGAUCUCAACACAUUUCUGGAAGAGAACGUGGAUG